CAAGUUUUGUGUGGGUGGGGACGACUGACAGCAAGUUGGGAUAAAAGAAAAUUCUCGGGGUGGGGCUAACAUCUGAGCGAGAGAGAAGAUGGAGGCGGGCUUGGUUGGCUAACUGACGUGAUCUUCUGAAGUUAAGAUUCUGGCGUCAGUUUGCUAGACCGGCAGACGAAUCAAGACUCGAGUCAAGACGAGACACUCAUCUCUAAAGCCAUUGUCAAUUUUGCUCCGAGUACUUGGAAGAGUUUUUUACGACUCUUGUCUACAGUUUUUUACAACUAUUGUCUUGGCUUUAAGUGCAUCCGCAGGUGAAGUACCAAGUGGUGAUCAAGUGUUUGAAAAAAAAAAUUCAAUUCAAGUGUUUUAUUUAGAUAAUUUAUCAAUACCAAUGAUGCAAGCACAGCAACUGGUGACUAUAUCGGCUCCCAAGCCGGUUCCCAAUCUUUAUUAUCUGGUAGACUCACCAGGAAUCCCCCACAAUGGAGGAAAUCUACAGAGCGCAGGGAUUCCACACAGCGCGGGCAGUUCUGCAAGCAAUUCGCCGGUUCAAUUUGAACGUUUUUCAUCUCCAAAUCAUUUAGUGGACUUGAGUAGUCCUCAGGAACCCCGGCUGCUUCCGGAGUUCCAUCACCCUCACCAUCACCAUUUAGAACAUCUUCACAACCCGCAUCAUCAACAUCAACAGCAGCAGCAUCACCACCAUCAUCAUCCCCUUCAAGUUUAUCAAUCUACUCCUACAAAUUUCUACAACUAUUACGACUCCUACGAAGACAGCAAAAGAUCUCAAAAUUUAUCCCACUCCCAACUUGAUUAUGACCGACACGAUUCACCGGGAUUCAUCUCAGACCAAAGUCCUGAACACGAUCAAAUUUAUGUCCCAAACUCGUCUUCUCCUUUGCAAAUGUACAACUCACCCGACGGUGGUGAAAGUGCCGGAGGAGCAGAUGAAAUUUCUUCAGAGUCACCCCAUUAUAAUAAUUCUCAAAACAGCGAUAUCGUUGAGUACAAGCCAGUGAUUACGAACAAAAAAGUGCCGGGUAUUGUAAAUGCGAACAAACGUAAAAUAGUUAUGGAAGAAGCUUCCUCGUCUUCGAAAAAUUAUGAUCGUGAGAUUAAAACUGAGGAUGGAAUUAAGCGAAAACGAAAAAUUAGUGUUAAUGAUGAAUCUGAAAAUGAAAGUAUUGCUUCUUCUUCGGGAUCUAAGAGAAAAAUUCGCCGUAAAAGUGGUGCUAGCUAUGAAGAAAUUCAAAAUCAACGCGUUAUGGCUAAUGUAAGAGAAAGACAAAGGACUCAGAGCCUUAAUGAGGCUUUUACUUCUCUCAGAAAAAUCAUUCCAACUUUACCAAGUGAUAAAUUAAGUAAAAUACAAACUUUGAAACUUGCUACCAGAUACAUUGAUUUUUUAUAUCACGUAUUGCACGGCGUAGACAACUCAGAUAAUGGCAAUUGUCCUGAUGAUAGUGAUGGUCACUUGAAUCCGAGAAAUGCGAUUUUGGAGGCUCGAGAAAUAGCAGCGUCUACACCGUGCACAUACAUGGCUCACCAGAAACUUUCAGAUGCAUUCAGAUUUUGGCGAAUGGAAAGUGAUUGGCAUCCCAACUAAGUAAUUUUAUCAAGAAAAAAAAAACAAAUUGUGGUAAAAAUAAUAACCUUAAGUACUCUUCUCUUUUAUAUUGUACAUACGGUGCGGGUUUAUUUCUUACUUUCGCUGGCUCGAAAGUAUUAAGAAAUGACCGAAGAAGAUUUAUUUUGUAAAGCCGGACAAUGGAUGGGCAUUUUCAUUGAUCCUUAGAACUUAAAGCUUGAAAGAUUACCAAGUAUAAUACCAUUGGCGACAAUGGAGAAUUAUUACUAUUACUAUUGGAUUUUCCAAAGUAUCUUUCUUGUAAUGUUAUAUACAAACAAAUUCAAGUCCAUAGUAUAGACUGUAGUCGAAAGAGAGACCGGGAAAUUUUAUUCCGAAAUUCUUAUGGUUUUAUUUUAUUUUGUAAUUUAUUAUAUUUGUGUUAAAUUAGGGUUUAAAAAAUUUUCGUGGGAAAAAGCAAAUUAGUUUACAGUAUAUAUUGCAUUAACUUACGGGAUAUUCCCCGAGGACUUUUGUUUUAAAAAGUUUAAUAUAAACAGACCAAAAAUGAAAUAAAAAAAUAAUUAUGAGGGGAGAUAUAUGUGGAAGCUGUCGUCGUUGCCCGGAAAAAUAUUAUUUUUUCUUAAGCUAAGACGACUCUGUACUAGAUGGAUGGAUGGAUGGAUGGAUGGAUGGAUGGAUGGGUAGAAGGAUAAAUGGAUGGAUGGCGGAGCCUUGUUGAGUAUGCAGCCGACUAGACAUGUGUAUAGUUUAUAUAUAUUAACUUCUUCUUCUUCUUCUUCUUCUUCUUCUUUAUUUUAUUUUACUUGUAUGCUCGGCUAGGUGGCUUAGCCACUAAUACACAACAUAUAAUAUAACACACAGUAGCAAAGUUAAUAUAAGUCUUCUUCUUAACUUCUUUCUUUCUAUUCAUACGCAAGUCGCGUCAAUUUCUCUCUCAGGGGGCCCAAGACGACCGACCCCGUAUCGUGUGAAUAUUUUGGAUAGCUUUCGUGGUUAUUUUAAAACCACGCGCUCAGCUAAACUCACAGCUAAGCGCGUUUAACUGUUUUGCGGUAUGAGUAUUUGCUGAUAUAAGAUUUUUACCUUAUUUUUUUUUAAACAAAGAAGAAAAAAUCAUUGCUUUGAUUCUAGACUUUGAAUUGAACUUUUUGUUUAUUUUAAAUUUUUUAUUAAAGAAAAUAAUAAUUGGUUAAAAAGUUUAUGGUGCGAUUUUUAAAAAUUAAGUAAAUUACAUCACAGGAAAAAAAAAUUUGUGUGAAAAAAAAGUUAAAAUUUUUUUUCAGCAAAUAGUGAUCAUAAAUCUCGUUGGAUUCAAUUAAAAAAGACAACUACAGUGAGACAGAGAGUCUCCUGCAGACUACCAGUGACGUUUUUGGGGAGUGAAGCUAUGCUAUAAAAACAAACUUAAUAAAUACAAAUUUUUUUCUUACGCCACAUUUUAUACACUGGUAUGACAACUAAAGCUACCAGAUUUUUAUUUCCUUCAUUUAUUUUAAUUUGAUUUUUUUAAUUUUAUUUAUUGUCUACUACUUUUUUAAUCACUCGGUCCUGGUUAUUUUCUCACGAUUUAGAUUUUACACUUAAAGCUA